AUGAAUCCAACAAGUAAUUCGGCCAGUUCAGGCAAGGAUCCUGCACCCACUGAAGAUAGUCAGACUCAGUCAGCUAAGGAUGCAUACCGCAAGGAAGUUUCUGUUUGGGUCGACUCAAAAACAAACGAAGGAGCACACGUUGUGCCAUUGCUGUCGUCUGCGGUUCCAGGUGGAAGCGCUGCAAAAAAGCAGGCGAACACGGAAGCGUUUUUUGAUCGGCCACUGGCGAAAAACGAGCUGGGGGAUUUUGAGCGUCUUCUUGCCGAUAUGUUUGUCUCGGGGAACUUCUCCUUUCGAGCCGUGGAGGAUCCUCGAUUUAUUCGGUUUUGGAAAUUUAUGCGACCAGCGGUGAAGCCACCAAGUCGAUUCGUGUUAUCGACUCGCAUCAUCCCACAGCGCAUCAAGUCUGUUGAAAGCAACACAGUCAAAGCUUUGUCAUCGCAACUGUCUGUUACUGUGACGCUGGACGGUUACAAAAAUGCGAAGCAUGAUAAAGUUCUUGGUAUUAUGGCUACUGUCAAAAACAGUCAAGGGGUGGAGAACCAUUUUCUUUCGACUGAAAUUAUUUCUUCUCAAUCAUCUCGGGCUGAAGAUGUCAUGGAAAAGAUCGAAGGCAGUUUUACGAUGUUGGAGCAAAAAUUCAAGGCUUGUGCUCGGACGGUGACGUGCGACUCAGAUGCCGCCCACGUGAAAGCGAGGCGGUUAAUGAAGGAGAAGUAUCCAAGCAAGAUAUUUCUGCCUUGCAGCGCCCACCAAAUCAACCUGAUUGUGAAAGAUGUCUUGACAUCUGUCCCGAAAUUUUCAGCAAUUUGCAAGAAAGCGGUCGACAUUGUUUCGCUACUAGCCACGCGCACGAAAGCAUUAGCCGUUCUUCGAGAAGAGCAAAUGAAAUACAAUGGCAGCACGACAGCAAUAAGCAAACUUUGCGACACUCGAUGGUACAGCUAUAAUAACAUGUUCCGCGCGAUCGCGAAAUCGCAGCUACCCCUCCAGGGCAUGGUCGCGCGGCUAGCAGACGAGCGAUCCAAGACCGAAGGACUUGCAAAACUUAAAGUCACUAUUGAAGAUGCAGCAUUUUGGAGUGGCCUAAAGAAUGUUGUCCAAAUACUGGAUCCUGUCACUGUCGCUCAAGGAAUCACAGAGACGGAUGGAUGCACUUUAGCGGAUGUUAUCACUCAGUUUGCGAAAAUUUACCACGUGUUCACCGCACUGGAAGAUGAUGAUUUAGCGGGGGUGUUAGGGUCGACCCUAGAAAAACGCUGGCAGAAAUUUUAUGAUCCGUCACUGUUUGUUUUGGCUUUGAUACUGGACCCAACGUCCAAAAUGAAACCAUUCCGCACGUCUGGGCGUUUCAAUUUUGGGGUUGUGCUGCGUUGGGCAAAAGGAUGGUAUGUCCGCUUAUUUGAAGCUGAUGGAAUGCGGGUGAUUAGCUCCCUCAUGGAUUACAUUGAGAACAAAGGCAUAUUUGGAGAUGAAGUUGCAUCGAAUCUUUCUUCUGUGGAACGUUAUUGGAAAUACGUACAAUAUGAGCACAAAGAGCUAGCCAGCUUGGUUUUGGAACUUUGGCACGUCGUCGUGCAUGCAGCGAGUUUGGAGCGCGCUUGGAGUCAGUUAGGAUUCGUGCAUGAUGACAAUCGAUCUAACUUAAAACUGGAUUUAGCUACGGGAAUGGUGGCAAUGCGAAUGAAAUUUCAGAAAGAGGAUAUUAUGGCAAAACGGGAAGCGCAGCGAGUCGCAGCUCUAAAAGAAUCGCUGAAGGUCGACCUUCAAACAAACAAGAAAAGUUCGGGUACAGUAGUCGAGAUGGAUGAAGAUGGAGAUAUUCAGAUAAUCUCCAGCAACAAUAAUGACUGCAGUACAGUUUCAGAUUCGGAAAUUCAAGAUGAUGCAAGCGCUUCGAGUCAGUUCAACUCGGUGUUAGAAGCUCUCCUAGAAUUUGAGGAAUGUACGGAUGACGAGAUUAAUGAUUCAGUGACUGAUUUUUACUCUCUCAGUGAUUUGUUUGGAGUUGUCAGCAGCUGA